UCCUCUCUCUUUUCCUACCCUCUCUUCCCCCCACCCUUCGCGCGGCGCCUUCUCUUCAGGCCCGGCCACCUUUUUAUUCUCCCAAUUCCUCUUCUCCCUGGAGAGAAGCGAUCCCAAGAGUCGAGUAGCCGAGGCAAACUUUCAAGUCGGCCGCCUUUCGCCGAGCCCAAGCCGACCGACAGACCUGCGCACCCCCCCGCCCGGCCCCCCCUUCGUGAGGGGUGCGGAGGGCGGCGGGGGGGGAGCCCCGCCGCGGCCGCGGAACUGCUGUCACCGUUUCUCCUGGAGCGCCGCCGCUCGAGCGAGAGAGGCAUCCUCGAAGGCGGCGGCGGCGGCGCUUGUUCCUUUUUCUCUUCGCCUGGCAGCGGCAGCAGCACCACUACUGCUGAGGAAACCCGGGGCUCGAUUUCUUCCCAGCCACCGCGCUCCAGGUAUUGCCUGCAAAAGCAGAGGAGAGCCGCGCCAGUGGCGGGAGCUGCAGCAGCAGGAAGACUUUCCUUGCCACCGCCUUCAGAGCAGGCCCCUUCUGCCACUGCGGGGCCUUCGCCGGAAUUGCCACCGCUGCCGCAGCAGCCGCGAUCAGCGGCAGGCCUUGCACCCGGUGCCGUUCUCCCAACGCCAGAAGGAGUAGCAGCAUCGCGCUCCACCAGCCGUCUCGUUAGUAGUGGUCGCCGUCGCCUUCCUCUUCGGCUGAGAGGAGCGGAGCAGCCUCCUCCACCAAGGCUUAGAGCCAUCUGCGCCCUGCAGCCGCCGCCGUGCCUGUCCGCGCUGUUCCUGAGCGGCUCCCGGCUUCCAGACAUGACCGCCAUCAUCAAAGAGAUCGUCAGUAGGAACAAAAGGCGAUACCAGGAGGAUGGCUUCGAUUUAGAUCUGACCUAUAUUUAUCCAAAUAUAAUUGCAAUGGGUUUUCCAGCAGAGAGACUAGAAGGCGUGUACAGAAACAAUAUUGAUGAUGUUGUGAGGUUUUUGGAUUCAAAACAUAAAAACCAUUACAAGAUAUACAAUCUAUGUGCUGAACGACAUUACGACACGGCCAAAUUUAACUGCAGAGUUGCACAGUAUCCUUUUGAAGACCAUAAUCCACCACAGCUGGAGCUUAUCAAGCCUUUUUGUGAAGAUCUUGACCGAUGGCUUAGUGAAGAUGGCAAUCAUGUUGCGGCAAUCCAUUGUAAAGCUGGAAAGGGACGAACUGGUGUAAUGAUUUGUGCAUAUUUAUUACAUCGAGGAAGAUUUCAGAAGGCACAAGAAGCUCUAGAUUUCUAUGGGGAAGUAAGGACCAGAGAUAAAAAGGGAGUAACUAUUCCCAGUCAGAGGCGCUAUGUAUAUUAUUAUAGCUACCUUUUAAAGAAUCAUCUGGAUUACAGACCCGUGGCAUUGCUCUUCCACAAAAUGAUGUUUGAAACGAUUCCAAUGUUCAGUGGUGGCACUUGCAAUCCUCAGUUUGUAGUCUACCAGCUUAAGGUAAAGAUAUACACCUCCCCUUCAGGACCCACAAGACGUGAAGACAAAUACAUGUACUUUGAAUUUCCGCAGCCGUUACCAGUGUGUGGUGAUAUCAAGGUGGAAUUCUUUCAUAAGCAAAACAAGAUGUUGAAAAAGGACAAAAUGUUUCAUUUCUGGGUAAAUACAUUCUUCAUACCAGGACUGGAAGAAAAUUCUGACAAAGUAGAAAAUGGAAGUCUUCUUGGAGAUCAGGAACUUGAUGGAAUUUUCAGUACAGAGCGUUCAGAUAAUGACAAGGAAUAUCUAAUACUUACACUAACAAAAAAUGAUUUGGACAAGGCAAAUAAAGACAAGGCAAAUCGUUACUUUUCUCCAAACUUUAAGGUGAAGCUAUUUUUCACAAAAACCGUAGAAGAGCCAUCAAACCCAGAGGCUAGCAGCUCAACUUCAGUAACGCCAGAUGUUAGUGAUAAUGAACCUGAUCAUUAUAGGUAUUCUGAUACCACUGACUCUGAUCCAGAGAAUGAACCUUUUGAUGAAGAUCAGCAUACACAGAUUACAAAAGUCUGAAUAUUUUUUUUAUUUGGGAAAAAAUACCACACAGAGAAAACUUGAAUAAACUGAAUUAUGGACCUUUCAAAAUGGCAAUAGGACAUUGUGUCACAGUUAUCAGUUCUAGGAACAGUUCCUUACCUGACCAAUCUCAUUUUGCCCUAUGAAGCUGUUGGGCUUGACACUUGUCCUGUUGAAAAAGGGUUACGUGGCUAUGUUAUGUAUAUACCUUUUUGUGUCAAGAGGACAGUUAAAUUUCAAUUAGGAAAACACAAAGAUGGCACUUUCCCAUUUGAUUCCAGUUUUAUAAAAGUGGAGACAGAUCUGAUGUGCAUAUGUAGGAAUCUUCCUUUUGUGUUCUGUCACCAACUGAAGUUCCUGUAAAGCUCUUUCUAAUACACAGGUUCACAUCCUGCCCAUUUCUUUGCACUUUUGUGGCAACAGUUAAGUUUGCAGUUGGCUCGGAGAAGUAACGGGUUUUACUACAUUCAAAUGCAUGUAAUAUGGGGAGGAGAGUGGAAAGAGAAGCUCAGAAAGGAAUGUUUUUUGCUGGACCCUGGACUGUAUACCAUUUCCAGCUUACUUACAUGCACCUCUUUAGCAUGCUACAGUAAUAAAUCCUGGACAUUUGAGGAAUCGCUGCUGUCACUGCUUGUUUGUGCAUUUUAUUUUUUUAAGCAUAAUGGUGCUAGAAAAGGCAGCUAGAGGGAGUGGUUCUGUAUUAGGGGUACAGGAAUGAACCUUCAACAACAUCAUAAAAGAUCUGCAAAUGAAGGGAUAUGAAAAUAUGUGGUUACAUGUGAAACACAGUAACAAUGACUUAACCAUUCAAAUGUGGAGGCUAUCUGUCAGAAAUGGGCUUACAGAAUUGUUCAUUUGUUACGAUUGCCAUUCCCCAAGCUGUAGAUGAUAAAUGUCAGAAUAAUAUUUUUUUCUAAAAAAAAAAAAAGAGAGAGAGAGAGAAAAUAAAAAAACCCAACCCUUGUCUUUCAAACAUUUGGAAGUGCUAUUUUGAAUUUCAUAGUGUAAAACCCCUUUGGUUUAUUGGCGUUAACUUGUUCAUUAUUGGUUUUCCCACUUGAGUGAAUUUGGAAUCCAUUGUGCCCAGUCCAUUAGCAUUAAUAAAAAAGGUAAAGGUUUCCCCAUGACAUUAAAGUUCAGUCAUGUCUGACUCUUGGGGGCGGUGCUUAUCUCCAUUUCCUAGCCAAGGGAGCCAGCGUUUGUCCACAGACAGUUUCCAUGGUCAUGUGGCCGGCAUGACUAAACACCGAAGUGCAUGGGACGCUGUUACCUUCCCACCGAAGUGGUACCUUUUUAUCUACUUGCAUUUAUAUGCUUUCGAACUGCAAGGUUGGCAGGAGCUGGGACAAAGCACGGGAGCUCACCCCGUCUGCAGAUUCGAACUCUCAACCUUUCGAUCAACCAUCCCAGCAGCUCAGCAGUUUAAGCCACUGUGCCACCCUCAGUCCCCUUAUUAGCAUUAAUAGCAAGGAUAUAAAUGGUAACCAGUCAAGGCAGAAUUCAGGCUGAAUACUGAAGAAAGGGGCAACAUGCUCCUUUAAACAUUACUUGGUGAAUUUUGCUCUCUUUUCUAAUCCUGUGUGUAGUUGCGUGCCUAUAACUUCAUUCUGAUUUUAGUGGGACUUGCAUGUAGCUGCACAGGAGCAUAAUUUUCAUCCAUUAUGUAAACUCUUUUCAAAGCUAAUGUUUAGGCUUCCUGAGUUUGAUCGAGUUUUAUGAUUCUGUAGGUGAAACUGAUAGUGAAGAGGUGUCUACUAAAUCACCUUGACUUUUCUCCUGUGACUUACAUUGGACCUAGUUUCUGUUUAAGCAAUUUUGAAAGCCACAUUAGCCAACUAAAAAGUUCGUGCAUUAAAAUAUUUGGAUGUUGACAGUGUUCAGUGUCUUGUACAGUUCUACUGUUUAACAUGGGAGGGCCAGAUUGGAAUAGUUGAAUGGCCUUUUGCACUGUUGUUCUUCCUUUGGAAUGUGAAGGUCUGAAUGAGGGUUUGGAUUUUGAAUGUGUCAGUGGUUCUGCAAAGCCUUGCUUACGUUUUUAUGGUAUAGUCAUUGGAAAAGGAAAACGGCAUUUUAUAUAUAUAUAUAAAAUAUAUAAUAUAUAUAUUAUGCAUACUCUCCUAUAUUUUAUUUCAGCUACCAUCCCCAUAGAACACGGCAAGAAUUACUAUGACUGAAACGUUUGAGUUCUAAUUAAAACUUUAUUUAUGACAGUAUUCAUCAUUAGCUUGAAAAUGCAUUCUUCUUAGGUAAUUUCUUGAGUUUCUGGACUGUGUGCUUAAAUUCUUGGAUGUGCAGCAGCUUACAUGUCUGAAAUUACUUGAAGACAUCACUUUGACAGGAGCUUACUGUUAGGCCCUGUGCCAUCCCUAGUCAUCUGUAGUCCCAUUUAAAAUAGUCUGUCACAGUAGUUAAAGGGCAGUUGUAUAAAAUAGCACCAAGGUUCUUUGCUGUGGCACAAAUUGUAAACUGAAGGGACGUUUACAUGCAGCAUCAAUUGUUUUCAGCUUUAAGGGAAAAAUGAAAUAAAAGUUUAGGUUGCCAGUGUGCAGUUCCAUGUUUAAAUCCUAGCAAACGUGCAAUAUGUUAACGAUGCCUGUGGUUGCCACAAAGUGCCUCGUUUACCUUUUAAAAAUACUGUUAAAAAUGUGUCAUGCAUGCAGAUGGAAGGGGUGGAACUGUGCACUAAAAGGAGGCUUUAACUGCAGUGUUCGGUAGAGCUGCCUCUUUACUCCACCAGUUCAAAAUUCUCAGUCUGUUUUCAUAUAGAAUAUAUAUAUAUAAAUAAAUAAAUAUAUAUAUAUAUAUACUAAAAAUUCUGUCUGUUAAGCAGCCUUAUUCUGAUUCAGCCUCUUCAGAUACUAUUGUGCUGUGCAACAGUGGCUCUGUGUGUAAUGCUAUGCACUGAGGAUACACAAAACAAGAAAAUGCCAUGUACAGGUUAAUGUCUCAUACAAAUCAGAUGUCCGUUUGUUAUUGUGUUUAACAGCCCUUUAUCUUAGUGUUAAAACUCCACUUAAAACUGAUUAAAGUUUCAUUCUUGUCA